UAGUGGCUGUGAAAACAUGGGUGACGUAUCUCAUAAAGAUAUUGCCACAUCGGUUAAAGAUAUUCCUGAUCACUAUGUAGGCAUGGUGAUCCAUUUCUUCAUGCAUUUUCAUAACGACACUACUGACUUCAAGACGCCACAUCUACGACCGUCACUCAAAAAUAGUUUUCCGUUGUAUCUAAUCCUCUACGGCCUAGUGGGAGCCUUAGGAUUAUUUCUGAACGCCAAUAUGCUCCGUCGGAUAUUUUUGUUCCGUGAGCAUUGUGAAAACAUUGACAAAUACCUGGCUAGCAAUGCCGUGAACGACAUGUUUAAAUGUAUUGUUGUGAUGCCAGUUUCUCUGGCAAUAUUAGCCCUUCAGAACUGGAUUUUCGGUAGUUUUCUGUGUCAUUUUCUUCCGAUUGCCCAGGACGUCCCUUUCUAUGCGACAUUUCUUACUCUUCUGGCAACAGCGUUUGACCGUUAUAGGACUAUUAUGAAUCCAUUGAAAACUCGUAAUUCUGCUGGCUUUUGGCUUCUGGGAACUUGGGUAACGAGCUUUCUGGUGGCCCUGCCUUAUAGUGUUUACUCGGAGUAUGUAGACUUAGAGAAAUAUUUUGGUCAACAAUUUAAAGGAGUCGGAAUCUGCGUUGUAAAUGUGGAAAAUAACAUUGAGGAAUUUAUUCGUGCUCUAUUUAUCGUGUUGUAUGCCACACCCGCUGUUCUUAUUGUGUAUCUACAUCUGAAAGUCACAGUGGAAAUCAAUAACCGCAAGAGCCUAUUUUCCACUAGUGGCCAAAGAUCUCCUACUCUGCUAAACUUUGAGGAAAAUACUGUCUCUUCCGUGGCAACCUCUAGCGUUACAGGGAUAAGAGAAUCCUCUUUCAUUCCUAUACACGUUGGAAAUAGUGAAAUAGCUGAAGCUUAUAACAGUGACGUCACUAGUCAUUCACUUGCUCCUGGCUUGCAGCGUUAUCAUCGACGUCACGAAGACGAAGAGUUCGACUGGGAAAAAGAAAAAGUCAUCCAAAACUCAUUUUUCAUUAUGGCUUUCGCCUACGCUCUCUGUCUAUUUCCAUUGCACGUGACUCGACUGGUCAAACAUGUAGUUGCAGAAACAAUGGAACAUAGUGCCCAUUUCGAUCUGGCCUUCAUAAACGUAGUCCUAAUUGCACUGCUUCCAACAAUAACGACUCCCGUUAUUUAUCGCUCCAUGUACCCCCGUGGGGUUUUCAGAGGAGACUUAAGUAAUUAUCUGAGUUUGCAAAAACAAUCUUCAGCCCUAUCCCUUCAACCGAUGGGAUCAGAUUGUCACAACAUUGCGUAUCACACGUCGCUCUCUCCUGCAAAAGGAGAUUAA